AUGUCCCUCUUCUUUCUCCAGACCAGGAUGCAGAGUUUGCAUCCAGACCCGAAGGCUCAGUACAGCAGCGUGUACGAGGCCCUGAGAAGGAUCAUCCAAACGGAGGGUCUCCUCAGACCCUUGAGGGGCCUCAACAUCACCAUGCUGGGUGCUGGCCCUGCCCACGCCCUCUACUUUGCUUGCUACGAACAGGUCAAGCGCACACUCAGCGAAGUCAUUCAGAAUGGAGGAAACAGCCACAUAGCCAAUGGUAUAGUACAGUUCUGUUUACCUUGGAACUCUCUCACAUUUCACACUGACCACUGGAAGGUGACCACUGGAACCACUGUAACAUGGCACAGAAAGAAGUUAAUUGUUUUGGUAGUCGUGUUGGCAGUUUUGAUAAACUUACAGUAUAAACAAUUGGCUUGAGACAGUUGAGGUGAGAACUGAUGUAGUAUCACGAGGUAUUGUAUGUUGAUGGGUGGUAACAUGUGGAGGCCUGACUGACUGAUAACUUUGUCCGAACUAGGACUGGCAGGCUGUGUGGCCACUGUGCUGCAUGACGCAGUCAUGAACCCUGCUGAAGGUAAGGCUUUCAAAGGGGGCAUUGGGGUGUAAGAUCUUGAUUUUUGUGACGUUCUCAAUUAGAAAUUAGUACAGAAUAUGAACCCCCUUCUCUUUGUUCCCCUGUCUGUGUGACGGUGCUGUCCUGCAUCGUGUCUUAGUGGUGAAACAGCGGCUGCAGAUGUACAACUCUCCCUAUCGGAACCUGUUGGACUGUGUUCGGACUAUACAACGCACUGAGGGGCUUGCAGCCUUCUACCGCAGCUACAGCACACAGCUGACCAUGAACAUUCCCUUCCAGGCUGUCCACUUCAUGACCUAUGAGCUGAUGCAGGAGCGGCUCAACCCCCACAGACGGUACCACCCCGGCAGCCACAUACUGUCUGGGGCUGCGGCAGGGGCCGUGUCUGCAGCGAUAACCACCCCGCUGGAUGUGUGUAAGACCCUGCUCAACACACAGGAGAACGUAGCGCUCAGCUCCAUGCACUUCAGUGGUCACCUCACAGGCAUGGCAAAUGCCUUCAGGACAGUGUAUCGCUUUGGCGGCAUGGCUGCCUUCUUCAAAGGGAUCCAGGCCCGGGUCAUAUAUCAGAUGCCCUCCACUGCAAUUGCCUGGUCAGUCUAUGAGUUCUUUAAGUACUUCCUGACCAAGCAGCAGAUGGAGAGAGAGGCUGGGACAGCAAGCCCAGUCUGA